AGCAACCACCAGUCGCCAUCCGUUGGUUGGCUUGCGUGGACGCGCAGUCACAAAGACACGUUACCUUCACUUCCACGCGCUGUCGUAAACAUGUGAUAUAAACAGUACAAUUAAAAAAAUAACUUUUAUUUACGCGGUGUAAUAUAAAAUAAAAACCAUGGAGACGGAGAAGAGUUUAGUUGAAAAGACCAGUGUGGAUUACAAAAAACCGAAUUACAUGCUAAUGUCCUUGCAAAGGAUAUUUGUGUUGUGUGUAAUAUGUGCGAUUGUAGUGCUUGUUGUUUAUCAUACGCCGAUGCCAGAGGAAUAUUUCGAAAACUGUGACCGAGAAUGCAACGAGCUCGACUGGCCCAUGAUAUGUCGCGUGAAGCUAGUUACAGAGGUCUACAAAACUUUAAGCAAGUCUUGCGGAAGUUGUACUGAAAAAGACGGAGGAGAAUGUCCGAAAUUAUGCAUAUCAGCUGACGGGCGAGAGAGAGGCGUGUUGUCGGCCAACCGAGCGCUGCCGGCGCCGGUGUUGCACGUCUGCCACAACGACAUCCUUGUGGUGGACGUGGUCCACCGCGCGCCUGCGCACGCGCUCUCCAUCCACUGGCGCGGGCAGCCACAGAGGGAAACCCCUUUCAUGGACGGAACCCCGAUGCUCACACAAUGCCCGCAGCCAGCCUACACCACCUUCCAAUACAAAUUCCGCGCGUCAGCAGUCGGAACACACAUGUAUCACGCUCAUUCCGCCGCUGACGCUGCCGAUGGUCUUGCUGGCUCCCUGGUCGUCAGACAAUCCCCGCGUUUAGACCAUCUCAGCAAAUUAUAUGACAUUGACUCCUCGGAACACACCAUUUUCAUAUCUGAAUGGGGACAUUCCAUGGGACCUUUAGCGGGAAUGAUGUCAAAGGUGCCAAAAGCAGAAUCUUUACUGCUAAACGGAAAAGGAAAUACUCACGAAUCACCCGACGCUCCGAUAUCCAAAUUUAAUGUCAAAUAUGGUAAAAGGUAUCGCUUUAGAUUAGCAUACGGUGGCGGGUCCAGAAGUUGCCCGGUGAAGUUCUCAAUAGAGCAACAUGUGCUGAAAGUUGUAGCGUUGGACGGUCAUAGGAUUGAGCCAGUUAAUGUCAAUUCAAUUACGUUGGGCCGAGGUGAGCGGGCGGACUUUAUUCUGGAAGCAAAACGGGCGCCUAGAGAGUACAAAAUUGGGGUUUUCGCUGAAAGCUCUUGUCAAAGUGAAUUGGAGGGUGUCGGUCAAUUAGUUUAUGAAAACCAAGAGUCGAAAGUGUUACAUAAAGACGACGAAGUUGAAAAUGAAAAUGAAGUUAGUGAUGAGUUGAGAACAGUGAUUAGUGACCGGUGUGGUAAAGACGAGGUGUUGUGUUUGGACGAAGUUCGCGCUGCGGAAACCAUGCCCCCAGAGCUGGCUGGAGAUUUGGACGAGAUAAUUUAUGUGCCUUUUAAUUACUCUACGCGGCAGAUUUCUGCAAAACGAGUGGAGAGUUGGGGUCAAACUGACGGACAUCGUUUCACGUACCCCGCGUCUCCGCUGCUGACCCAGGGUUCCGAUGUGGCCCCAGGGUCUUUGUGUUCGGAGGGGGCAGGCCAGGGCGACGAGUGUGUCCAUGUGAAGAAUAUCGGGCUGGACUCCACAGUGGAGAUCGUAAUGUUCGAUCAAGGAGGCGAGUCCGAUCACAUCUUCCACUUACACGGCUACAGUUUCUACGUGGUCGGCAUCCAGGAGUUCAACAGAAGUCUGACAGUUGAAGAAGUAACCCAAAUGAACACCGAAGGCACGCUAUUUACAAAAAAGAAUUUGGCAAAUCCAGUACUAAAAGAUACAAUAGUGAUACCCAAAUUCGGCGUAGUAGCUAUGAGGUUCAGAGCCGAUAAUCCAGGGUACUGGAUGAUGAGGGAUGAAAGGUCUACUCACUGGACCAGAGGCUUAGAUUUUAUACUCAAAGUCGGAGAAGAAAGCGAUUUUGUGCAGGCGCCGUCAGAUUUCCCUAAAUGCGGUUCAUAUGUUGGCCCAGAGUACUUUCUAAUUUAGUAAAUUAUUCGGACUAUGAAUUUUAAUGAAACUGUUGCUUGUUAUUUAUAGAUAGAUUUGUUGACCGUCUAGAGACGAAAUAGAUACUUAAAUAAGGAUACUCAGGGUAUUUUGAAGUGAUAUGUAAGUGCGAAGGAAAAAACGUAUAUUUUCGAUUUUUGUCGGUUGCUAUUACCACCCUGAUGGAGCGUGGACCAAUUAUAAACAUAAUGACCUAUUUAAAUGUUACCAGUUGUAAAUGUUGCUCAACACUAUACUUACCUAUUUAUUUUUAGUUAUAAGUUUUUAAGUUUAGAAGUCAUUUGAAAAUAAAACUUGUCAAGAAAGCGUAACGAGUGAUAUGAUACUUAGUUAAGAAUAAAGAAUGAUUUAAUGUUUGGAAAUGGAUACUCGUUUUAAGAACUAAAUACUUUAGUAUGCUAGUUACAAUAUAAGGCAGGAUAUUGUACACAUUUGUAACAAUAGCCACAUCAAACAGAGUAAGGGACCACUUGGCAAAUGGCAUACUAAAUAUUUAAAUACAAUAGGUUACCACUCUAAUAAUUUUAUACUUUACAAAUGUAUCUGACGAAAUUGUAAAUAAAAUUAACUGCUGUUAUUAUCGAUUUUUAAUGUAACAAGUAGCAGUAGUAAACAGA